CAAUACAAUUUUGCAAAAAAUGUCCAAGCAGAUCUCAUUUAUAUCAUGUAAAUAUACAGUGACCAGUUGUCAAAUUCCAAAAGCACAAAACACAUGAAUGAGAUUUCAGACAUUCUCUUUCUGUAGGUUGUCUGGCUGUAUGGUGAGAGAGGAAGGCUGUGGUUAUUUGUCUUCAGCUCUGAGUUCAAACCCCUCACACCUGAGAGAGCUGGAUCUGAGCUACAAUCACCCAGGACACUCAGGAGUCCAGCUGCUCAAACACAAACUGGAGGAUCCCAACUAUAAACUGCAGAUACUCAAUUUGGACCAUGGAGAACAUUUCAGGAUCACACCAGGACUGCGAAAGUAUGCUUGUGAUCUCACACUGGAUCCAAACACAGCACACACUCGUCUCUCUCUGUCUGCAGGGAACAAGAAAACAAAGUGUGAGAGAGAGAAUCAACCGCAUCCUGAUCAUCCAGAGAGGUUUGAGAACUGUGAGCAGGUUUUGUGUAGAGAGCGUCUGACUGGACGCUGUUACUGGGAGGUUGAAUGGAGCGGAUGGGGUCAUGUAGCUGUGGCAUACAAAGGAAUCAACAGGAAAGGUGGAAGCAAAUGUCGGUUUGGACUCAAUGAAAAGUCCUGGAAUAUUUACUGUUGUGAUACAAUUUACUCUGUCUGGCACAAUAAUAAGAGCACAAACAUUCCUCGCCCUUCACCAUCUAAUAGAGUAGGAGUGUAUCUGGACUGGCCGGCCGGCUCUCUGUCCUUCUACAGCGUCUCUGACACACACACACUCACACACUUACACACAUACAACACCACAUUCACUGAACCCCUCUAUGCUGGAUUUCUGGUUUAUCGUGAUUCUUCAGUGUUUCUCUGUCCGAUGUAACAACCUCUUGUGAGGAACCACAAAAUUAAUUGCUAGGAGUGUCUAUUACAUUUCAUAAAAAUUAAUUUUUUCAUUUAAAAAAAACUGUAAUUGUGACUAUUUCAUUAUGAAAUAAGUAGUUGGCUAGUUACAUUAUAACAUAUAAUAACACGUUGUAAGAUAACUUGUAUUGUGAGGUAUACAUCAUAUUAUUCAGUGUGGAAGUAAGCCGUUUUCUGUGACUGUGCGAGACUUCUGCUUCAUUCGCCGCUGAAGGGAAAUAACAAGAAGAAGAACAAACUGCAGUAAACUGUAAAACUGUUUGCACUACAAACCAGUGUGUUCAUAAUUAAGACAUGGCAUUAAAAUAAUAUGGCAAGAAACACCAGUUUGCAAAACCAGCUGUUUUGUAGAGCUAAAAAUAGCUGAAAGCGAACCACACCGGAAGCCAGACGCAUUAAAUGUACAAAUGGCAGCGCCGCUCUUACGGGAAAAAUAAGGUGGAUAAAGCCAGAUUGUGAGGUCAUAUUCCACAGACUCAUGAGUCCAUAUAAGGUAAUUGAGCUAUUUUGUAUUUUAGAUAUUUAUUUUAAUACAUAAGUUUUUUUAUUAUAAUUUUUUUUUGUAAAAGCAUGACAUGACUUUUCAAAGCAUUUGAAUCUUCAUAUUUGAAUCCUGUUUGUCAUAUGGAUUUUUUUUCACCUUUUAAUUAUAAGCUAUCAUCUGCUGUGUGUGACAGACAUCAGUGAGUCAAUGUGAUGGUCUGUAGAAACAUUCUGAGCUCUGCUGGACUCUUUAAUUAAUGCAUUAAUUUAGUGUGUUCUUAUAAAAGCUACUGUAGAUGUUGUCACUGUUUCAUAGGAUCCACAGACUCAGCUUCAUCCUGCUGGAUUGUCAGGAACUGUUAGAUCAGUGUGUUUUAUUCUUGUUCAAUGUACACUAUUAUACAUAUUAAAUCACCUUUUACUGAUUGAAAUUACCAUAAUUUAAAUAAGAUGAUCUUCUACAACACUGAAAUAAUGUUUUAUCUAUUUGUUGAUUUUGUUUUGUUGCUACCUUGACAUUUGU